AUGGCGGUUUCCUCCCCAGGGCGUGGGGCCUUCAGUUGUGGCCGGGGCAGCAGCUUAAUGGGCUUGGCCCACAGCAAGAGGGAAGCUGGGGGGGGGGCCCACCCUGCCUCCCUCGUCCUGAGCCGCCAGGACCCUGCCCCCUCUUCCUGGACAGACAGCGACCUGCUCACCAGCACAGCGCUGACUGGUUGGGGCCCCCAGGGGAAGCCAGAGCCCCUGGAAGCAAUGACAGAAAAUCAGCACCCCCAUGGUUUUGGGGAUCCUCGGGUCCUUAGCCUCAAGCCCCGCGGCGCCGCGAGGGCUGGCCCCGCCCCCUCGCUCCGGGAGGACACUCCAGCCAAUCAGAGGAGCGCAGCCCUGGCCACGCCCCUCCGUGCCCGGGACUCGGGGCGGGGCUUCUCUGUCCCUGGGACCCCUGAGCCGUCGGAUGUCAUCCCUGAACCCCCGCCACCCGGUCGGGGACCCGGCCCGAGGAGGAGGGCAGCGCUGAGGAAGCGGCGCCAAGCCGUGAGCCGCGCCCCUCGAUCCGGGCGCCGGAAGCCAGACUUCUACAUCGAAGGAGCCAAUCAACGAAACCAAGGAAUCUGCCCACGCUCCUUCACCGACUGCCGAAGCUGCAGCAUCCGCAGGGGCCACGGGGAGGCGACGUGCCCACGCCGGGAACCGGGCACAUCCCUCCAGGCGCCUGACUCCCCGACCCGACCCAAACCCAAACCCCAGGCCGUCCCUAUAUCCAUCUCACGGUUAGGACCACGGCCACGGGGGAGGACCCUUCCUGACACCUCCGGCUCAGAGCCGCGACCUGCCUGCAUCCAAGCCAAGAAGUCACGAGCAGCCGCCGCCUCCGAUCGGAGCCGCCGCCUGCCGGGGGUGACGGCGUCUGCGCGGGGCCCCCACCCGCCCCCGAGGGCGCUCGGGCAGAGCCAGGGCCCGGCCGCCCAGGCGCCCAGAAGGAAGGAGGGUGCGAAGGGGCGGGGACCGCGGCGGGGCCCGGGGCCUGAUGCCGUGUCUCCUCGGCUCGGCGGGGAGAGGCGGCUCCGUGCGCGUCUGCCCCGCGGCGCCCCCGCGGCCCCCACCCCGCGCCAGCCGCCGGCCGGCACCCGAGGGGCAGCGGGCGCACAGCUGGCGGGGAGGCAGGCGCCGGGGCCCGUCGGGGCGCAGCACCCGUCUCCGUCCGCUGGGGUCGCGGGGGCCCGGCGAGCGGGCAUCGUGCCCCGUUGGGCCGGCCUGAGCGCGCUCCAGCCCCCGGGGCGGCCCCCGCACUCCCGCCCGGGAAGACGCGCCCCACACGCCCGCCCGGAUCGCGACUCCCGACGCCUCCCGGCCCCGCCGUCGGCCCAGAGCGGGGCUCGCGUGGCGCCUCGGCCGCGGAGCCAGCGGUGA